UGAAUUGUGUUUUGGUUUUUGGAUUGGGUAGCCGCGAGUUCCCCUGCAGAAUUUCUUCUUCUCUGCAGUCGGCUUCUCCCCCCUGCUAGGCUCGGUUUUGCUUGCUAAAUUUUGGUUUUGAUCGUUCUGUCACCGUGGCACUUGGGUUAGCCUUUUGUUAUGUGCGAGUGAGGUAAGUAAAUCAUGGUAAAGCCCUUCGAUUUUAAAGCAUGUUUUAAACUGUUUUUGAGAUGGUGGCAAGGUUUAAAUUGAUUUUAAAUUGAUUUUAUUAGCAUCUGAAUGUGAUUAAACUGAAAUGGAAAUUGUGAUGGUUUUUAUGAGAAUUUCAUUGUUUUCUGGAAUUGAGCAUGAUUGGAAUGAAAAUGAGAAUUUCAUUGUUUUUCUGAAGUUGAGCAUGCCUAUUUGGAAAUUGACUGAACUGUUUUGAUGAACUGAGAAUUUUGUAAAUGUUGAGUUUUCUGUUAAAUCCAUGCCUGCAUGGUUUUGUCUCGAAUAUAGUUAUGAUUAUUGAUGAUCCUGCUAGUGGGGGUUAAACGCUAGCACAUGUCGGCGCAUGUCGAUAUGUUAUUGAUGAUCCUGCUAGUGGGGGUUAAACGCUAGCACAUGUCGGCGCAUGUCGAUAUGUUAUUGAUAGAACCGAUUCGUUCCUGUAACCCUACUAGUGGGGGUUAAACACUAGUAAUUCCUGUAGCCUGCCAGUGGGAGGUUUAAACACUGGCCGUGACCAAUAGAGGAGACGUCUAUUUCGUGCCCGUACUGUAUCUGUUUUCGUGAUUACACUUGUUGGCAUGCUAUGAGUUUAAUUAACGGUUUGUCAUGAAACGUUUUGUUAUUGAAUUGAAUCUGAUUUUGCACUGACGGUUUUGUCAUUGAACGUUUUGCUAUUGAACCGAACUUGAUUUCCGCAUUAACGGUUUAUUAGUGAAAGUUCUGUUAUGUUUACAUGGUUUGUCAGGCAUGUUAAAAGUUUUACU